UUCGCUUGGAUGGAAUGGCACUCUGGACCAACUCUAGACCAGAGAGACAAAGUUAAUUCCGGGGAGAGAGAGGGUGCUUUGUACCAUGUGCUACAACAAGUGUAUUCGGACCUAGGCAUACAGAUAAGAAGCAGCGAAAAGCGUUUCAUCUCGCAUUUACCGCCACUCUGAAGUUUGCAGUACUGAGUGAUUAAAAACAACGAUAUCUGGACGUUGCCGCGCCAGGAGUGCCCUUUUCGAAACCGCAGCAAUAAAACAAACAAAAGCGGUGAGGAACAAAGAAUGUUUGAAAUUCAGCUCGUGGACACUUAAUGCACAAUUCCUUCAGUUUUGUUGAUCUCAUGUAUAUGUUGUGUUUCUUUGGUUGGAUAUCAUGCCUUCUCUUUCUCUCACCUGCUUGGAUUAAUUGAUGACCAGACCACACCUACUAGGUUGGAUUUUUGGACGCCAUGGUCUAUUCAUAAUAAAAUAUUUGCAUUGUUUGUUAUCCAGAAUUUUGGGAACACCAAUAUUGCAGCGUUUAACAUGACCUUUAUUUUAUUGUAACAGUAGUAGACUCGGCUCUUUUUAGAUUUCGUUUUGUAUUCUUCAUCAGUUUAAUAACCUCUGCAUGCGUUUGUAAUUUUGGAUCCAAUAAGAAUGACCGAGGCCGAAGCGGGUGUAAAAAUGUGUCAAAGAUAACGGCGCUCCUGAGGUUUACAUUUUGGAGAUAACGGAACCAUUUCUAACACAGCCUAUGCAUGGAAAACAUUGCUCAUCGUAUGUCAAAAUGAUGCGCACCGGCCCCGGCCUUGUCUAUGAGUGGCUACAGAAUCUUAAACUGCCUCAAUACCUGGAGGGAUUUGUGGACAAUGGAUACGAUGAUCUCGAAGUUUGUAAACAAAUUGGUGACCCCGAUCUGGACGCCAUAGGGGUCCACGUCCAGCACCACCGACAAAAAUUGCUCGACGCAGUGAAGAGGUUGAGAGAGCAGGAGAAGGAAAAAUCUCCGGGUCUUUACUUCACCCUCGAGCCCCUGAAUCCCCUGUACCCCUCUUCCUGUAGACCCUCGUUGGGCACCAACAUAAUGCACAUCACAGAGUGCGAGAAUGACCUCCAGGGGUCAAGUUCAUGGACAGAAUCCAACCAGGAGGAAGUUGGAAUUGGGGCUCACCAAAGAUUUCACCAAGAGUCAUCAUGUCCUAAAAACAACAAUUUGAGUUUCACUGAUUGUAAAGAGUUGGUGACUUACCCAAAACUGAAACUGAAGCUCUUGAUCAGGGAUAAACUUGUGAAAGAUGGAAUCGACCUCAGUGAGCCGCCAUACACCCACAAGGAUGGCUCAUUGGGAACAUUUGAGGACUUGGCUCAGGAGUACUCUGACUAUUACAGUGCCUCUCUCAGUGACGUCCAAGACAGAAUGGAGGAGAUUAGGAAACGUAAGGUUGUACAAGAUGCACAAUCAGCGAUGGAAAAGGUGGACUUAGUCCCGACAUCACUGCAGUGUGAUGGUUCUCAGAUCCAUAGUUGA